GAGCUCUCUCUCAAUUGACUACUCACACUCACAAUGGCCGGACCUACAUACGACUUUCAGCUCCCUGCCCAUGUGCAGACUGUGCUCCUGACCGGCGCGAACGGCUUCGUCGGCCGCGAGGUCACCAAGCUCCUGCUCGAGCUGUACCCCAACCUCCGGGUGAUCACGACCGACAUUGUCGAGCCCCCGCGCUACGUCGAAGACGAGAAGCGCCUGCGCGCCGUGCAGGCUGACCUCGGCAAGGCCGAGGACCUCGCCAAGCUGUUCGAGGGCGAGAAGGUCGGCGGCGUGUUUGCGCUCCACGGCAUCAUGUCGGGCGGCUCCGAGGCCAACUUUGAGCUCGGAUGGGCCGUCAACGUCGACUCGCACGUCCAGCUCCUCAAGGCCGUGAGGAAGCACAACGACGAGAUCUUUGGCAAGCCCGACGGCACCAACCCCCGCAUCGUGCACGUCUUCAUCUCGUCGUUGGCUGUGUACGGCGGUCCCAAGGCCGGCCCCAAGGACCAUGUCAUUCCAAGUGACACCCCCCUCAUCGCUGGCACGUCAUACGGUGUGCAGAAGCAGAUUGGCGAGCUUUACGCCUACGACUACGGACGCAAGGGCUACCUCGACACGCGCUCCCUCCGCCUGCCCACUGUCGCCAUCCGUACCGGAGCUCCCUCCACCGCCGCGUCUUCCUUCUUCUCUGGCCUGAUCCGCGAGCCGCUGCAGGGCCUCGAGGCAAUCUGCCCCGUAGCCUCGGGUCCUGACGACCCGAUGCUCGACGAGAUCCCCCACUACCUCAGCCGUGCCAAGACCGUGUUCCGUAACAUUGUCUGGGGCAUGUGCAUGCCCGAGUCCAACUUCAAGUACGGGCACCGCUCGAUCAACAUCCCCGGCAUCACGAUCACGCCGCGCCAGAUCAUCGCCGCGCUCAAGGAGCACGGCGGCGACGAGGCCCUCAAGCUCAUCAAGUACGAGAAGGACCCGGCCGUCAUCAACAUCUGCCUCACUUGGGCCGGCUCGUAUGACAACUCGGAGGCCCUGGCGUCUGGUUUCGAGGUCGACGACGCCAAGACUGGCUUCGCUGACGCCGUGGGCGACUUCAAGGCCGCGUUGCAGGAGGAGGCCGCCGCGGCCAAGUAAUCACACGCGCUGCGCGGUGCGUGACAGAGGUGGAGGGAGAACUGGCGUGGUGGGCAGCAGCGAUGGUGCGCCAUCUGCCGCCGCGUGCCGACGGGUCC